UGCCGUUGCAAGUAUUGAAAUCAAUUGUAAUGUUUGCGUAACUUCGAGACUGGACCACGAACACUUUUGGAAAAGAAAUUGUUAAACAUUUAAUAUCAUUUAUAUUAUUAUAAUAAAGAAUGGCGACUUUAUCGUUGCUACGUUUACAUGGAAUAAGGAUGGGAAGCAGUAGAUUUUUUCAUGUGACCCAGAGAUUGGCAGCUGUAAACAAAAGCAACUUGGCUAAGCUUAGAAAGCAAACAGGCUUUUCAAUUAGCAACUGUAAAAAGGCUUUGGAGAUGCAUAAUAAUGAUUUAACUAAAGCUGAGCAGUGGCUGCAUGCAGAAGCUCAGGCACAAGGAUGGGCCAAAGCUUCUAAAUUAUCUGGUCGGGUUACUACACAAGGGCUUGUGGGAGUUCACAUUGAUGGUCCAGUUGGUGCUCUGUUAGAAAUAAACUGUGAAACAGAUUUUGUUGCACGUAAUGAACAGUUCAAGGCAAUAGUAGCCCAGGCAGCAAAGGAAUGUGCUCUGAAUGCUGCUAUAUGUCAGCAGGAUACUUUAAAAAAAGAGUUUAUAUCAGAAGAGCAGCUAAGGGAUAUGGUGGUCAGUGAUGGUAAAACCUUAGCAGAUCACCUUGCACUUGCCAUUGGCAUCAUUGGGGAAAAUAUGAGCUUACCCAGAGCAGCACGAUUAAUUGCCCCUAAUGGUGUGCAGCUUGUUGGAUAUAGUCAUCCUAGUCCACCUGAUGCAACACAACUUUUAGGAAAAUUUGGUGCAAUUCUUGCACUUAAAAGUCCUGGUACAUUAACUGAUGUAGCCAGACAGUUAUGCAUACAUGUCAUUGGUAUGAACCCAAAAGCCAUUGGAAGUCUUGAUGACCCCAAAGCUCCAAACUCGGAUGAAGAAACUCUUCUUGUUCACCAAGAAUUCCUAACUGAUCCUUCAAAAACUGUAGGGGAAGUGUUGCAAGAAGAAAAUAUAGAAGUAGUAGAUUUUAUUAGAUUUGAGUGUGGAGAGCACAAAAAUGAGGAAUAGUAGUAUUUAAAUUAUAAUUUUUAUGAUCUGAAGAAAAUUGUUGAUGAAAUUAAAAUAAUUGUACAGUC